AUGAGUACAAACACAGCUGCUCGCACACCAAAAGUUACAAAAGAAGUGGCUGCAACUAGGGAGAUGGAUGAGAUUGGCAAGCUGUUGAACAAAGUUCAAAUUGGGUGGGGGCUGAUGUGUGUUGCCACAAGUGAUGACUUGGGCCAUGGGCCUCAGUUGAAAUGUGGACUGGAGACUGCUGCCCAACUCACUCCUUACAAAAACUUCAUUCAAUGGAGUGGCAAAGCAACAGGACCAGGGGCGGAAAUGUUCCUCAUCAAUGGUAAUCACUGUGUCACACUCAUUCAAACUUUGUACAAAAAGGACAUUGUUCACUGCCAAGAUGCAAUUGUGAUGAUUUGUGAGGGGCAGAAUGAAAGUCAGAAAGGUGAUGCUGCAAAGGAAUUGGAGAAGACCAAUGAGAAAUUGAGCCAGAAAGCUGUGUGGCUUGUUGAAUUUUUUGAUCUCAGUAACUCCUAA